CGACCAUUAACCCCCUGUCCCCCCUUUCUUUCCCCAUUUCUUCUCCUUCCUCUACGACAUAUCUGGUUUGUUUUCUUCAGCCCUGUUCUUGCCGGUGCCGCCAGAUUCUGGCUUUUUGCCAUCGAGCCCCCUGCCGUCGGAAUAUCCGGCCGAUUUCCUUGUAGAUCCGUGCGUUUUGGUGCAAGAUCCAUCACCUUUAAGCCUCCACGCGCCUCCAUCCUGCCUUUUGGGAAUCUUCUAAUAUGGAGUUUGUUAGAAAUGAGGUAGAUGCAUUAUACCAUGAAAUGGUAGUUGAUGCAAUGGGUGCACAGUCUAAAUACAAUGACGGGCCAAUGGUUGAGGAGCCAAAUAGUAAGGCAAGGGAAUUUUAUGAUCUCUUGCAUGCUGCAGAAGUCCAUAUAGGUGCUGGGGGACAGGAUGUUACAGUACUUUCAUGGAUGGCAGAAAUGCUAAACAUGAAAACUCUUUAUAAUAUAAGUGCUACUAAUUGGGAAAUGGCAUUGUCAUUGAAUCGAAAGUUGUUGAGUCUAGAAGACCAAGAAAAGGUGCCAAAGGAUUUCUAUAGUGCAAAAAAAAUGAUAAAUAUGCUUGGAGUUGGGUACAAGAAAAUUGAUAUUUGUGUCAAUGAUUGCUUCUUGUACUAUGAUGAGCAAAGUAAGAAUUUAACUGCUUGUUCAGUGUGUGGAGAAUCCCGUUAUAAGCCAAGGAAUAUGUUUGCUAUAAGGCAGAAAGAUGUUCCAAGGAAAUCUUUGUGGUACCUUCCAAUUACCCCAAGAUUGCAGCGACUAUACAUGUCUAGAAAAACAACAGAGCACAUGACAUGGCAUUUGAAAUGCCGUGAGGAUGCGGAUGAAGUUAUUCAUCCUGCGGGUAGUGAGGCAUGGAAACACUUUGAUGAAACCCACCCAACAUUUGCUGAUGAACCUAGAAAUGAUAGACUUGGCCUCUGUACAGAUGGUUUCAAUCCAUUUGGUUGCUCUGCAAUGCCUUACUCUUGUUGGCUUGUUUUUCUUGCAAUGUACAACCUUCCUCCUGAAUUGUAUGAUGGAACAGCUAUAAAACCCAAUGCUACAUAUGUUCUUACUCGAGAGCAACAAGCUCUUAUUUGUCAGUGGCUGAAAGAAUUGAGAUUCCCAGAUGGGUAUGCAUCCAACAUAGCACGAUGUGUUAACAUGCAAGAACUUCGAUUGUUUGGGAUAAAAAGUCAUGAUUGUCAUGUAUUCAUGCAGCGUCUCUUGCCAAUUGCUUUCCGUGAUUUCCUUAUAAACGAAGUUUGGGGUCCCUUAACUGAGAUGAGUAACUUUUUUAGAGCUUUAACUGCUCCAAUUGUUCAAGGCAGUAACAUGGAGAUGUGGGAGGAAAAAAUUGUUGAGACCAUUUGCAAGUUAGAGAAAUUAUUUCCGCCAGCAUUCUUUGACUCGAUGGAGCAUUUGGCUAUCCAUCUACCAUAUGAGGCAAAAGUUGGAGGAGCUGUUCAAUUUUGUUGGAUGUAUCCUUUUGAAAAAAAAGGGUGGUUUGCUGCAUGUAAGAUUAGAGCAAGAGCAAUAAUUGAUACUUCAUCGUUGAGUGACGGUGGAUAUGUUUAUUAUCAAGAUGAUGAUCCUCCUAUGCCACAAUUGGUGCAACCCUCGACUGUUCUAAAUGAUCAUGUUUCACUAGCAUCUCAAAGGGGAGAAGAAGUGGUGAUUAGUGAGGUCAUGCAAUUGCCAUAUGUGAUAGAGGAAGAAUGUGUGGGUGAGGAUGAUGAUGAAGAGGAAGAGUUUGAUGGAACGGAAACAUUAGAAGAAGAACCACCAUUGGCCGAUGACCAGUUCACUGCUGAUGAUGCAACAAUGGAGGAGGACACUGAAGAGCAUAAUUUGGAGGCUGAGUUGAAUGCUGAGUAUGCUGUGCUUGAUCCUGAGUUAGAUGCUCAAUUGGAGGAGGAGCUAUCACGUGCUGUCCCAAAGACAGGACGUGGCAUGGAUAAAGGAGAUGACGCUCCUGCAGACCCGAGUCAAAGGAAAGUGCUUAGCCUUAAUCGCCGAGACACAUUCAGCCAUGAGAGGUUUGGGAGGACUGCCACAGUAAUUUGGAAGUACUUGUAUGAUGAGCCAGUGCUUUUCUGGUCUAGUUGGCUUGAGGAAAAGAAGAGGGUUGCUUGGGAGAAUUUUUAGAGGACAUAUUAUUGGGAAGAGGAUAAUGCUCGUAUGUAUAAAAUCUGGAGAUUACA